AGAUACUGGUAGGGACUCUUGUAAAAAGAAGAUAAGACAAUCGAAGACCAAAGAUAAAAUAAUUAGCCAGUUUAUUUUAAUAAAUAGUAGGCUAUUUUAAAUGAUUGCCAAUUUGUUGGAAUAUUUAAAUGUAAGGUGCGUUUUCCAGAAGUCGAUAGAUUUAUUGGUAUAGGAACUUUAGUCAAUUGUACUUAGCUCGAGUGAGGAAAAAAACAUCGGUAGGUGGACGAAAUGUUUCAGUUUGUGCAUUUAUCUCAAAAUCCGUAAACGCGCUUUCAAUUCACUGGACGUGAAACAGGGGCACCGUGAACCUAUGACAUUGCACAUACACUGAGACUGGGGCUGCAAAUGGGCGGCAUAGGUGGCAAUCUUUACCUCAGUAUGUUGAAUGGGACAGAUACGCAAACUUUCGGAAAAGACACCGAUAUCAACAAUCACCUUCAACGCAGCAAGAAUUCCGUGGAUUUUAAAAUGGGAAUUCAGGACACCAGAUUAUAUUACCAAGACUCAAUUCAAAACGGACAGGACGGAUCGGCACUGCCGUACCACGCAGACCAAACUGUGGCCGGAUUCGGAGCGCAACCCGGGAGGUUUUACUCACCAACUCCCCACAAUAGCUGCCAUUUCAGCAGUGUCAGGUCGCCGACUAGAAACGGAACGGGACAGACUUAUUUACCAACGGGAAGCGAAGGUUUCUCGACAACUAGCAAAGAAGUUUACCCUGCCUCUGCGGAGAGUUAUCCCGCACCCGUUCAACAUGGGUACUAUCGCGCGCCACUCUACCCAUUACCUGGGCUACAGGUGUGCGGAAAGACGCAGGCUCUCCUCAACAACUAUCCUCUGUGGGCGAAGUUCCACAAAUACCAAACCGAAAUGAUCAUAACGAAACAGGGGCGGAGGAUGUUCCCCUUCCUGAGUUUCAACAUCAGCGUUCUGGACCCGUCAGCCCACUACAAUGUGUAUGUGGAUGUGGUCCUAUCCGACCAGCACCACUGGAGGUACCAGGGAGGCAAGUGGGUCCAGUGUGGCAAAGCAGAGGGUAACAUGCCAGGGAACAGGAUGUAUAUGCACCCAGACUCUCCCAACACAGGGGCUCACUGGAUGAGGCAGGAGGUAUCGUUUGGCAAGCUCAAGCUCACCAACAACAAGGGCAGUGCCAACAACGUGGGCCAGAUGAUCGUUCUGCAGUCACUUCAUAAGUACCAGCCACGGUUGCACAUCGUCGAAGUGAAGGAGGAUGGUUCUGAGGACCUCUUCCUCACCGCCAAGGCCCAGACCUUCGUCUUCCCAGAGACCCAAUUCAUCGCCGUCACAGCCUAUCAGAACGCAGACAUCACCCAGCUAAAAAUAGACCAUAACCCCUUUGCGAAAGGUUUCCGGGACAAUUAUGACGCGCUGUACGCACCACCUGACUCGGACCGCGUCACCCCCUCUCCCACCGAGGGCCAGCAGCUUUUGGCAGGUACCUGCUAUACCCAGGGGUACCUGAUGGACCAGUACAUGAACCCACUGCCCCAGAACCGCUUCUACAGCCGGGAGCACAUGGCAGCCAUGGGCCAUCAGACCAAAGACCCCUCAGCCAGCCCCCACAGCCGCUGGUACCGCUCCCCCCAGCAGAGUGUCACCUCCAACCGGCUGGACUUUAACUCCUAUGAGGGUGACUUCUCCAGCAACAGCUUCUACAAGCCCUUCCCCCUGCAGACGUCGGCCCACCACACGCUGAGCUACUACGAGGACAGCCCGUUCGCCACGGCCAGCGUAUCCGUCUCAGGAGCCUCCUCGGCAGCCUGGAGCACCGGCCGGCCCUCCCCUCAGUACCUCAACCAUCACUGUUCCAGUAAAGUCGGCCCCAGUCUAGGCUGGUUCAGGCCUGUGUCCUCUACCUCUCCAGGUCACCCCAGGCUCCACCCCCCGUCCCUCCUGGAGCCACUCCGCCCCCCACCUUCACUGCAGGACAAGCCCAAGGAGGCGGGGGUGGUAGGAGAGGACCUCUGGCUGGAACCCCCCUCGGUCAAAUCGGUGGACUCUGCUGACUCCGGCCUGUUCGAGGGCGGGGCAGAGGGCAAGAAGCGACGAGUGUCACCCUACGCUUCCAGCACGGAGAACUCGCCGCCCACCCGCAGCGUGGAGGUCUGUGAAAAGGACUGCAGUAGCGAUGCCGGCUACUACGGCUUUUAUACCCACUGAAGCCGCCCCACCCACCACGUAAAUACCGUCUCCUAGUGUCCCCCUCCUGUCCUCUUUGUGCUUUGGUAUCUCCCACAUGGCCGUGUCUCUCUGCCUGUCCCAUGACAUGUAAUGGCGCUGGACUGAAGCUCCAUUGGCCACAGAACGCCAACAUCACAGAUGGGCCAGGUAAAUGGCACCUCAGCCAUUUUGACACAUACAGACAGACUGGACCUCUCGACAGGCCAAAAGGGAGGCUUCUCUAAGGUUGUGUUUUGGUUACGUGUUUGAGGACAAGGACCUCCUAAGGUCAGGCAGGAACACUUUGAACAUGACUGUUAAUGUGUGCGAGGGCCAAAGUGCAAAGGCAAUAUGACUGGGUCCACAGACACUGCCCUAGAAACAUACAGACACACAGACCUUUGACUUAAGUCUUUUUAACGUUUGGGGAUUCAAAAAUAAGACGUCUGCACACCUGCUGACAGACCCCUGCAGGGACUGUCCAGUCUUCCCCCAUCACACUCACACACAGACACACACUCUCUUUCACACACACAUGCUCACACAAAGACACACGCUCUCUCUCACACACACACAUACUAUUCUCCAGCUCCACUUUUAGUAUAUGCUCGCAGUCACAUGAACCAAUGUACUGAGACGCAGACACGACUGGUUGUAUGCUAAUAACAAAACGGAAUCAUUUCUGUCUAAUCCUCUGUCUGAGGAGUUUGGAACUCCCCCUUGUGACAGCAGAGAAGAACUGCAGGCUGAUGGCGAGCGCGCAGGCGAGAGCAGAGGCCAGCGUCAGGUGUUAGAGGUGAGGGGAGCUUAGCAAGCACAUGACCUGAAGGGUCAAGGCUAAUCAGUAUCAAGGCUGACGGGCCACUCUUCCUGUGACCUACUGUCGCCUACAUCAGGUCUGUCAUUUAGAACAACACAGCCUUAGCAGCCAAUCCAAAGACUCACAACACAAUGGAAAUCAGCAUAUCUCACGGACAAUCUGAGGCAACUACAAAGGCGAUGAAUUAAAACGUGAGCCAGUCAGACAACACACAACGGAAAUCAUUACCAGCAGGGUAUAUGGUUUUUGGUUUUUACUUUAGGUUCAUCAUGUCGUGACAAAGACACAGCUUCCUGGCAGAUCUAUAGAGAGAGGAGAGGGCGAUAGAGGAAGUCUCUGGGGGUGACUCUGGGUGUGACAGGCAGCCUCUUACUCAGAGGACCCUGGGAUACUGGUGGUCUAAAACCACAUAUUGCUGGGUGUGUGUGCUCCAAUUGCGAGGCCAUAAGAAAUGACAGGAAUAUAAUCAAGGCAAGGCCUCAUUAUUUAUUGCACUUAUGAUUACGGUAUAUCGUACACAGAGGACACAUGGCCUUAUUAAGUGACAGGCCAGCCAUGAAAACAUGACUCACAAACACAGUCACUCACUCACACUGGAAGGUGACCAAAACAAAUCCACUUUUGAGUUUUAAAAAAGACAAUGGGUCUGUGUGUCUACAGUCAGCCCUACUGGCUAUGAUUGAAUAUACUUAAUGUAAGAUUAUUUUUUUUUUAAACAUUUUUUAUCCUACUUACAUAUACUGGAUGUUCAUUUUGUUUACCUCCUCAAGGUGUUUUUAUAUUAUUAAUUCAUGAAUUGUACAGAUGCCAACUUUCAAAGGGAAAUUCUGCCAUUUUGUGUCAGGCUAAACUGCCUUUCUACAAACAAACAGAGAAGCUGGUUUUCCUAUUGGAAGGCGGAAGAAAUCAGUGAUUCUCUGACAUAAAACUGGAGCAAUAGGAUGGAGAAGACAAUCAGAUCUGUGGUAUUGCAGAACUCUUGUAAAUGAAAUAUGUAAAUACGCAAACAGAAAGACACCUUCCCUAAACCGAGCUUAGCAUAAUGUGACUUUGCUGUGACACCAUCAUAAUGCAAUAAUGCCACAGCACAAUAAAGGUCAUUGGACUGACUUCAUGUACUACAAAAGGGGAAAGGAAAUCAACUGGAAUUUAAAAAGUCUAGCUAUAGACGCUUUCUUAUGUAGAGUUGAUCUUAUGCUGGACACUAUAGAAAUAUAUUGCUAACAUGAGUCUCUUCCUGAAAAGUUAAUUUUACCCUUAAGCAGUUUAAAUGAAUGAAAAUGGGGACUUCAUUAUUACAGUUGUUUGUUAAGAGGUGGAAAAUUCGUUGUUAUUUAAGUGCAAUUAAAAUGAGAUGUGAAUUAACGUUUUAUUUAUAAAGUGUUCAGUAUUGCAAGAGCAAAUGAAAAACAUUGAUUUGAUCAAAUGUUUGGAAAAUGUGCAGAAAUGAUUUACUCUAUCUUGUGCUACAUGAUUUUGUAUGUGACGCUGUCUGGCACUGUGACCUGCAUUAACAUGACUGCUAGUGAGUUGAGAGAUAUAGAUCGUUCUGUCUGUACGUGGUGUAGACUCCUCAGGACGGCCUCCUGGUGUACAUCUCCUUACAAUAAACAAAACAAACUCCUGCC